AGAGCCAUUUAACUGCUGGGAAACAGAAAAUUAUUCUCUCCUGGAACUGACUCAGAAGGCAGAUCCAUCAUUCAGUAGCCAGCAUAUGAUUCAGCUUAGCUUUGCAUAAAAAGUUAAAAAGUCCAAAAGCUACCAAAAAAGGCUUUUGAAUUAGUGAGCUGCCUCACUUUAACCCUCCUGAAAUGCCUGCUGAAAGAUUCUGUGAAUCAUGACUGCUGCAAGAGGAGCACCCCUUCACCGAGAAAGUGGCAACUUUGUGACAUCCAACAAGCAUCCCUCUAUCUAAAGACAUCUUUCACUCAGCUAAAAGAACAGAUUGGGGAAUAUGCAGGUACAAAUAUCCUUUCUGCUGCUGCUUUCUCUGAACAUUGUCCAAGGCGGUGAUGGGUUUUUUUCUGAACGAUACCAAAAACAAGCCAGCAUGAAGGGGCCACAUUUCUUACCAUUUAACGUAAAAAGUCAAGGUUUACAGGGAAGGGGAGAACAAGGACCUCCUGGUCUACCAGGUCCUGCUGGCCCAAGAGGACAACCAGGCCCAGCAGGGCCACCAGGCUAUGGAAAUCCAGGUCCUCAAGGUCCACCAGGACCCCCAGGCCCACCCGGAUUUUCUGCUGUUGGAAAGCCAGGCUUACCAGGUUUACCAGGAAAACCAGGGGAGAGAGGAUUAAAUGGUGAAAAAGGAGAUAUUGGACCUGCUGGUCUCCCAGGAUCAAGAGGGCCACAGGGGCCUCCUGGAAUUCCUGGUCCUGCUGGAAUCUCUGUUGCUGGCAAGACAGGAGAACAAGGGCCACCAGGAGCACAAGGGCCCCGGGGUGUCCCCGGAGAAAAGGGUGAGGCAGGUAUUCCUGGCAUAAACGGACUAAAGGGAGAAAAUGGAUAUGGAGUUCCAGGUCGCCCAGGAGACAGAGGGCUCCCAGGCCCCCAAGGCCCCCCAGGACCCCCUGGACUUGGUGGGAUAGGGAAGCCUGGUGAAAAUGGGUUUCCAGGUCAGCCAGGUGUGAAAGGUGAUCGAGGUUUGCCAGGUGCACCAGGACCAGCAGGCAUCCCAGGUUCCCAAGGUCUUCCUGGGGAACCUGGAGCAGCAGGAAUCGGAAAGCCUGGAGCAAAUGGACCACCAGGAUUACCAGGGAUUCCUGGAGCUAAAGGACUGCCUGGACCCCCGGGCAUGCCUGGAUCCCCAGGUCUUCCAGGGUUUGGAAAGCCAGGUUUGCCAGGGAUGAAAGGACAUAGAGGACCUGAAGGCCUUCCCGGUGUUCCAGGAAUCAAAGGAGAUGAAGGCCCAGCUGGAGUUCCAGGAGAACCAGGGCCAGCUGGACCACCUGGAAAUAUGGGUCCUCAAGGACUUAGAGGAAUACCAGGUGAAAACGGCCUACCUGGGCCUAAAGGUGAAGCAGGACCUGCAGGCCUUGCAGGAUACCCAGGAGCUAAAGGUGACAGGGGCCUACCAGGAUUAGAGGGAAAACCAGGAUAUCCAGGGGAGCAGGGUCUUGCUGGUCCUAAAGGACCUCCAGGUUUAUCAGGCCCAAAAGGGGACAAUGGUCAUGCAGGGCCACCUGGCCUACCUGGUCCAAUGGGUGCACCAGGACUUAAAGGAGCACCAGGAUUUAAUGGUGAGCCAGGCCCAAGAGGACCUUCUGGAAUACCUGGUAUAAGAGGUCCAAUUGGGCCACCAGGCAUUCCAGGUUUUCCAGGCACUAAAGGGGAGCCAGGGGCACCAGGAUUACCAGGUCCAGCUGGCAUUGCUACAAAAGGUUUAAAUGGACCCAUGGGGCCACCUGGGCUUCCAGGCCCAAGAGGCAACAAUGGAGAGCCUGGGUUACCAGGCCCUCCGGGUCCACCUGGUCCUCCUGGGCAAGCAAUACUCCCACAGAUGCCAGAUGGUUAUAUAAAAGCAGGAGACAGUCAAGGCCUCACAGGAAUGCCUCUUAUGAAAGCAGGAGUAAAUCAAGGUCUAACUGGAAUGCCAGUGUCAGCUUUCUCUGCCAUUCUCUCCAAAGCCUACCCUGGGGCCACUGUGCCCAUUAAAUUUGAUAAAAUCUUAUACAACAGACAGCAACAUUAUGACCCCAGAACAGGAAUCUUCACAUGUAGGAUCCCAGGACUUUACUAUUUUUCUUACCAUGUACAUGUAAAAGGAACAAAUGUUUGGGUCGCACUCUACAAAAAUGGCUCACCAAUCAUGUACACUUAUGAUGAGUACAAGAAAGGAUACCUUGACCAAGCUUCUGGAAGUGCUGUCAUUGAUCUCAUGGAAAACGAUCAAGUCUGGUUGCAGUUGCCCAAUGCAGAAUCUAAUGGCUUGUAUUCUUCUGAUUAUGUUCACUCCUCUUUCUCAGGAUUCUUGUUUGCUCAUAUGUGAUAGUAUCCCACCUUAGCUGUCCUAAUAUUUUCUCUUUCAGAUAAUUUUAAUUGGACUAUGAUGUGACACCUAUGACUGGUCAAACAAAUUAUUUGCAACAAAGGGGAAGUAAGGAUGAUAGGGUAGGAGAGUUUGUUUCAAAAUUAAGCUUCAGAAUAACUUUGUGCAUUUUUAGAAAUCUGUCAGAGAUUUAUUUGCAAAAACUUUGUAGUAAGGGCAAGUCAGUUGUCCUGCUGAAUACAAUAUUAAACAUUAUGGUAAUAGAUGAUGUAGCUCUUCUUUGUUUUACAUUUUCUUAAUUAGUAUUUCUAAGUUGAUUUUAUAUUUUAAAUGU